AGUUUCAUGGCUAUUUCAAUUUAUUUUAUAUCGCCAUUAGGUAGUAUAAUUUACUUAAAAUUUCGAGUUUUAAACUAGUUCAUUAUGUGCAAAAGUGUUGCUCUUGAAAAGCUGAAUGGUUCUUUUCAUCAACUUAUAACUUUUGCUCAGUAUGUUGAUCUUGGACAGUAGUUUUGCCUAGCGUCAUCAUUUUUCUUCUGAAUGCCCAGAUGCUUUUUUGAAUUAUAAGCAAAAACUCCGGUGCAAAGAUGAAUAAUAGUGAGGACGAGAAAGAGGCAUCUAAGGCAGUCCCCUUGGACCUCGCGAAAAGCCAAAUAACCACUGUGAAAACAGUAGAAAGCAAACCUCCAUUGGUCAUGAGUAGCCAGUCCCUGAGAGGCGUUAGAGUGUUGUCCCAAAGUGUCUCAAAUCCUAAUACCGUUGCCCUUGGGAAUGCUAUUAUCACCACCAAUCUCAUUUCACAAGCAGUGCUCAAACCUGUUGAUUCAAGAACCCCAACAACCACUUCUCAAUCUCUGACAUCUGGUAAUCUAAGCAGACCUACACAGAUUACUUUCUCUCCAACAACUCCUCUGAUAGCACAGAGUACAACAGGUACCUCAUACCAUGUUCCAAGGGGGCCUGCAGUGGUAGCGAACUUGGCUGCUCCAAGAAGCAAUGUGACUACAGUAAGAGCUCCGAUGGUUGUCACUGCACAGGGUAGUCAACCACAUGCUUUUGUCAGGCCACAAAGGCCCCCUACUGCUGGACAAGGGACCACAUGGCUUACUAACACACAGAAUGGAUCUCAAAUUAAAGGCACACCAACAGUUUUAAGCGCUCCUGUAAAAGGUACUGUAGUCACAGGAAAGCCUCAGAUUAUAGCCAGGACACAAGGACCCCAAAUAUCUUCAGGGAUAUCUUCCAUAAGGCCAAAUACAAUUUUGCAAAGUACAAUCACUAUCGGACCGUCAGGAGUGACAGGACAGAUGCAGCCUUUCAAACCUGCUGCUGCUACAAUCCAAGCUUUGGGCACCACUGUGGCUCAAGUAUUGCCAAACCGCACUCAAGCUGUUGUCUACACUGCAAAUACUUCACAGUUCACACCCACCACAAGGAUCACAGUGUCCAACACUACUCUGGCAGCUCAAAGGCUGCCACAGACCAGAAUAACAAGUCAAGCAUCAGGUGCUCGGUUGACAAUGCCAGUGAAUGUGACUCAAUCUUGUACUCGACUUGUCGCUCCUCAAACUACUGUGCUUACUUCUGGUAUGAGAUUGUCUACUGUCUCUACUUCUCAACCAUCUACAGUUUUGGGUUCGAUCCCAGCAACAAGAAUAACCACAACUCAACCACUGGUACCAUAAGUAGGCUUUCAGUUGCCACCGCACCUGCCGUUUUACCGCGAACAUUCUAGGUUCUACCAGGAUUUCGACCUUGAACUUGCAGAAUCUGCAUUCCUUGGUGGCCGUUGCUAACAACGCUCAGCCGAGAAAUGUGCAGUCGCCUAAAGUUAUCACACAACCUGCGCAAGG